AUGACUUCAGAUUUAAGACCGUGGGAUCAGUCGCCAGUCGAUGUCCAAUUGGCAAAGAUAAUUGCUAUACUACUAAAGUCACAAGGAUACCACUUUACAGAAGAAUUUUUGAGCCAGAUGUAUGAUUUAGCCACUGGGUACAUGAACCAUAUUCUAAGUGACUUGUUAGAAUAUACACAGAUACAAAGGCGACGAAAGCCAGCUCUUUCAGAUGUCAAAAUUGUACUAGAAGAGAACGAGAUCCCUGCAAAUGAUUUGGCAGAGCAGAUACAUUUCAGUAGGGGCUUUCCUGACAAGCACAGAAAACAGAUUCAAGCGGUUAUCUCGAAUAACACAGAAGAACCCACAGAUGAUGAAAUUUCAACUAAUGAACAAUAUGCAAUAACUGAGGUCGUACCUAACAUGAGGACAAGACCAAAUUAUGUUCCUGCUUACUUGCCUGAUCUACCUCCUGACUACACGUACCAAUCAACACCUUCGUAUUCCCAACCAUUAACUGACCUCAAGCAGCUUCGAAUGAAGUUGGUCAAAGAAUCAAGACUCACGGAAGAAUCAUUGUACAAGUUAAUAGAGAGCGAUGCUAGUGAGUUGAAGUUGAAAGAACAAUUUGAGAAUGAAUUGAGGAAGUUGAUGGAGAAGGAGAGUGCGGUUGAGAAUGGUGGAGAGGAGCCAAAAAUUGAAGAAAUAAAGACCGAGGAAGUAAAAACAGAGGAACCUUUUGAUUCUGUAGAGGAAACUAUUCAUCUGACUACGACUUUUAAUGAGCCAGCCAACAAGUUUGACUUCACCAAAUAUGCCCAACAGAGGAAAGAUUUACGUCUUCGAAAACAGGCAAAACUCAAGGAACAACAGCAAAAGAGAGAGGCAGAUAUCUUCAUGAAGGCUGAACUCUACUAUAGCCCUUAUGCAACAAUGAAUCCAACACCAGAAACGGACAAGUACUUCAAAGAUAUUCUAAAUGAUGAGUUCAAAGAGGUGAUUGUAUCCAUACGAUCAUCAGAGAAAAAGAGACAGAAAGAAUUGAAAGCACAGAAGGAAUUGAAAGAGAGACAAGAGAGAGAGUUUAGGGAGCAGAAUGAGAUACAGUUCAAUUUCCAACAAAGGGAUGCUUCUGAUAGUAGCGACCUAGAUAGUGAUGCAAUGGAGGAUUUUUGA